GGGUCACAACGGACUCGGGUUCGUCACACUCAGUUUACGCGCCAUUUAUGAGUGCGAGUUCAGCGCAGGGAAGUGAACGAGCGCAGAUCUCCUCCGGUUUAUUCUCUAAACAUACGAUAUAUAUGCCAAUCCGUUUCACAGGAGCGCGAGAUUCGGAGUGACAUCGACGAGCGUGAGGAAAACAGCCGAAUCACAGGUGCCGUGAAUCAUGCCUGCGAAGACCAGCAAGAGCUCGACGGCUGCCCGGAGAGCGGCGGAGGCGCGGGACGAGUCCGACGAUGAUGUGAGCGCGCCCGCGGGGAGCAGCGCGCCACCGGCCCGCGAGCACGAUGUGUCUCCGGGCGAGCCGGCCGAGGUGCUUGAUAACCGCAGUCUGGAGGAGAUCCUGGGCAGCAUCGCCCCACCGCCGCCCCCUGCCAUGAGCUCCGAGCCCGGCGCCCCUCGCCUCAUGAUCACACACAUCGUCAACAGGAACUUCAAGUCCUAUGCUGGAGAACAGAUUCUGGGCCCCUUCCAUAAGCGCUUCUCCUGUAUCAUCGGUCCGAACGGCAGUGGCAAGUCCAACGUGAUCGACUCCAUGCUCUUCGUGUUUGGAUACAGAGCUCAGAAGAUCCGCUCCAAGAAGCUGUCUGUUCUGAUCCACAGUUCUGACAAGCAUCCGGAUAUCCAGAGCUGCACUGUAGAGGUGCACUUUCAGAAGAUCGUCGAUAAGGAAGGAGACGACUACGAAGUCAUCCCUAACAGCUCCUUCUAUGUUUCGAGAACUGCAGGAAAAGACAACUCCUCUGCCUACCACAUCAACGGAAAGAAAGCCACCUUCAAAGAUGUGGGCGCACUACUGCGCAGCCACGGCAUCGAUCUGGACCACAACCGUUUCCUCAUUCUGCAGGGUGAGGUGGAGCAGAUUGCCAUGAUGAAGCCCAAAGGACAGACGGAGCACGAUGAAGGCAUGCUGGAGUACCUGGAGGACAUUAUCGGCUCAUGCCGUCUCAAAGAACCCAUCAACGUCUUGUGCCGUCGGGUGGAGUUACUGAACGAGCAGCGAGGAGAGAAGCUGAAUCGAGUGAAGCUGGUGGAGAAGGAGAAGAGCGCUCUGGAGGGGGAGAAGAAUAAAGCCGUGGAGUUCCUCACAUUAGAGAAUGACAUCUUUAAGAAGAGGAACCUCCUCUGUCAGUUCUAUGUGCAUGACCUACAGAAGCGUGCAUCAGCGAAAGAAGCUGAGAAACAGCAGAUUCAGGAGGACACAAAGGAACUGAGUGACAAAAGCAGCCAGCUGACGCAGGAGAUGAAGACCAAGAAUGAGGAUCUGAAGGGUGUGGAGAAGAAACUGACCAAGCUGACCAAGUUCAUCGAGAGUCAGAAGGAGAAAUUUACCCAGCUGGACCUGCAGGAUGUGGAGGUGCGCGAGAAACUCAAACACACCAAGAGCAAAACCAAGAAACUGCAGAAACAGCUUCAGAAAGACAAGGAGAAGCUGGAGGAGGUGAGGAGCGUUCCUGCGAGCAGUGAGAAGAUCAUCACGGAGGCGUCUGCUCAGAAGGAGCAGCUGGAGAAGAAGAAGCUGGAGGAGGAGCAGAAGUUAGCUCAGGUGAUGGAGAGCCUGAAGGAGGAGACCAGCGGCCUACAGGAAGAUAAAGAGAAGAAGGAGCAGGAGCUGCUGGAGUUGAGCAAGACGGUGAACGAGACACGCUCACGGAUGGACGUGGCACAGUCAGAGCUGGACAUCUACCUGAGUCAGCACAACACCGCUGUGAGCCAACUCAACCAGGCCAAAAAUGCCCUGCAGGAGGCUGUGGACACACUGCGAGAGAGGAGAGCCGCCAUCAAAGACCUGCCCAUCAAAAUACCCCAGUGUGAGGAGCAGCUCAAGAAGGACGAGCAGGAGCUGGAGCAGAUCUCUGAGCAGGACAGGCAGAAGCGAGCGCAGGUUGGUGACAUGAGACAGAAGGUGGCUGAAGCCAAGAGCUCUCUGUCCUCCAACCGCAGCCGCAGCAAAGUGCUGGACGCCCUCAUGCAGCAGAAGCGCUCAGGAAAGAUCCCAGGCAUCCUGGGACGGCUGGGUGAUCUGGGAGCUAUUGAUGAGAAGUAUGACGUGGCCAUCUCCUCCAGCUGUGGCUCCCUGGAUAAUAUUUUAGUAGACACCAUUGACACAGCGCAGAAGUGCGUCACGUUUCUGAAGGCCCAGAACAUCGGUGUGGCCACUUUCAUUGGUCUGGACAAGAUGAAAGUGUGGCAGCAGAACAUGGGCUCCAUCUCCACCCCAGAGAACAUCCCUCGUCUGUUUGACAUGGUGCGGGUGAAGGACGAGGGCGUGCGCCCCGCGUUCUACUUCGCCCUCAGGGACACGCUGGUGGCCAAAGACCUGGAGCAGGCCACCCGAGUGGCUUUCCAGAAGGACAAGCGCUGGAGGGUGGUCACACUGCAGGGGCAGAUCAUCGAGCAGGCCGGUACCAUGACUGGAGGAGGAGGACGUGUGAUGAAGGGCAGGAUGGGCUCCUCCGUCUGCGCUGAUGUCACUCAGGAGCAGCUGGAUAAAAUGGAGAGCGCUUUGAACAAGGAGGUGACGCAGCUACAGGACUGGCAGCAGAGGAAACAGCAGCUGGAGGAGAAGGUGCACAAAGCCAGACGUGAGCUGAGAGACAUGAAGAACACGCUGGAGAAAUAUACAGCCACCAUCCAGAGCCUGACAGAGCAGGAGCUCCAUCUCAAGACUCAGAUGAAGGAUCUGGAGGCCAACGUCAUCUCUGCCGCUCCUGAUAAAGCCAAGCAGAAGCAGAUGGAGAAGAGCAUGGACGUCUUCAGGAAAGACUUCGAGGCAGCGUCCACUAAAGCAGGGAAGGUGGAGGCUGAGGUGAAGAGGCUGCACACGCUCAUCGUGGACAUCAACAGUCACAAGCUGAAGGCCCAGCAGGACAAACUGGACCAGAUCAACACACAGCUGGAUGAAUGUUCCUCAGCCGUCACCAAAGCCCAGGUGGCCAUCAAGACUGCCGGACGUAAUCUGAAGAAGUCAGAGGACAGCGUGUCUCAGCUGGAGAAGGAGAUCGGCGAGAACGAGAAGCUGAUCGAGGAGCUGACGGAGCAGCUGAAGAAGCUGGAGGAGCAGGCUGGAGAGAUCAUGCAGACGUACCAGCAGGCUGAGGAAGCUCUGCCGGAGGUUCAGGAACAGCACCGUGGUGUCCUUCAGGAGAUCAAGGCCCUACAGGAGCAGGAGCACGCUCUGCAGAAAGAGUCUCUCAGUGUGCGGCUGAAGGUGGAGCACAUUGACACGGCCAUCGCUGAGUGCCACACCAAGAUCAAACACUGGGAGAAAGAGGCCAGCAAGCUGACGCUGCACCCCAUCGAUGGUGUGCCAUCAGAAGAGCUGCCCGCACUGAACUCAGAGCAGCUGGAAGACAUCGGCAACCCAGACGUCUUCAAGAAUGAGAUCGCUCUGCUGGAGGACCGCUGUGCCAACAUGAAACCCAACCUGGGAGCCAUCGCAGAGUUCAAGAAGAAGGAGGAACUGUACCUGCAGAGAGUGGCGGAGCUUGAUGACAUCACCACACAGAGAGACUCCUUCAAGAGAGGCUGUGAGGACCUGCGCAAGCAGAGACUGCAUGAGUUCAUGGCUGGAUUCAACAUCAUCACUAAUAAACUGAAGGAGAACUAUCAGAUGCUCACGUUAGGAGGAGACGCUGAGCUCGAGCUGGUGGACAGUCUGGAUCCCUUCUCUGAGGGCAUCAUGUUCAGUGUGCGUCCUCCUAAGAAGAGCUGGAAGAAGAUCUAUAAUCUGUCUGGAGGAGAGAAGACGCUCAGCUCUCUGGCGCUGGUGUUUGCGCUGCAUCACUUCAAGCCCACGCCGCUCUACUUCAUGGAUGAGAUCGAUGCUGCCCUCGACUUCAAGAACGUCUCCAUCGUGGCCUGCUACAUAUAUGAGCAAACCAAGAAUGCUCAAUUCAUCAUCAUCUCCCUGAGGAACAACAUGUUUGAAAUGGCCGACCGUCUCAUUGGCAUCUACAAGACUCACAACACCACCAAGAACGUGGCCAUCAACCCCAAAACCAUCGUCCUCCGAGAGAUUGAGACGGCAUGAGUGUUUCCCAGUACUGCAUAUAUCACUCGCUCUUUCUGAUGGUUUGUCUGUUUCCACAUCACUGUUCACCUUUUACAUGUCUCAUCAUACUUAUUCUGUGUCCUCUCUUUUUAACUUUAAAUAAAAUGACCUUUUUUCUAUAUUAUUGUAGGUGUAACAUGCAAUAUUAUCAUGUUUUCACUGCACUGCAGAUGAAUGUUUUAAAUAAACAUUAAAUUUGA